AUGGCUGUCUCAGACAUAGCCAAGGAAUUUCACUACCAUGUCAGAUCCAUUAGCUUGCCUUGUAGAAUACACUCUUCAUUACCCAAAAUCGAGAAAGUGCUGAAGAGGAUGAAGACAUGGGAAGCCUCAUCACAGUCACAGAGUGAGGCUAUGAAAGAAGGUGUGAAAGGGCUUGUAGAGUUGUAUAACUGUGUAGAGGAACUUGUUGGUUGUCCACUCACUCACCAAGCUCUUCUACGCAGGCAUGUAGAGAAGCCACUUGACAUGACGGUUCAUUUGCUUGACACGUGUGGAUCAGCAAGAGAAUUGUUGACACUGACGAGGGAACAUGUGUUAGACCUUCAAUCAGCUCUGCGGAGAAAGGGUGUGGAUUCAAGUGUCAAAAACCAGAUUUGUGCUUACAUUUGUUUCAGGAAGAGAGCAAGAAAAGACAUCACAAAAAGACUCAAAGCAUUGAAGACAAUGGAAAAUGAUUUUAAGUCAUAUUCAUAUUGUCUCUUAGACUUUGACCACCGUCUACCGAUGAUGGUCGAUUUUGACCAUCAUCUACUAAUGGUGGUCAAUGUCCUAAGAGAAAUAAGCAAAAACACCAUCACAUUUUUCAAGAAACUCUUAGUUUUCAUGUGUGCACCAGUGCUGAAGAGAAACAUUGGUGGAUGGUUAGUGUUGACCAGAAUUGUGUCCACCAGUUUUGAUAAGGAGAAUAUGGUGAUGAAUGAGAUGAGGGACAUUGAUGUUGCUCUCUGCUCCUUCGCCAAGCGUUGUAAGAAAACUGAUGGUAAAACAGAAGUAGAAAUUGUAAAGAGGGGAUUAGGGGAAGUAGAAGGAAGCAUCAGAGAAUUGGAGGCAGGACUAGAUUGCCUCUUUAGGUGCAUGGUACAACAAAGAGUGUCACUUCUUAAUCUUCUCACACCAUGA